AUGAGCUCGUUUUCAAUUGAUAAUAUAGCGGAGUAUGAAAAAGUUUCUCUCGAUGAAAGCUACUCAGCUAAGCUUCCUCAACCCUAUACGAUUUCAAAAAUAGAAAUAAAAAAUAUCUCGGGACAACCUUCUCAGAUCACGCAAGCCAAGGCGAACAUGGCUAAGUACUAUUUAGAAAGACAUUUUAAAGAAUACUUUUCAAGAAACAGGCAAAUUAGAGUCAGGAAUAAAGAAUUAAGAUCAAAAUGUUCUUCUCAACUCGAUGACACUCAAAUUCUUACGCAAAAUGAUAUACUUAAUCGCCAAUCAAGGAGAACAUUUAAACUCGAACAAUUUGAAAAAAUACAAAUAAUUGGAAGAGGAUCAUUCGGAGAAGUUUGGCUCGUUAAAGAUAAAACCGAUCAGCAUGUAUAUGCAAUGAAAGUUCUUAAGAAAAGAAUUCUCAUUCAAAGAAAUCAAAUUUUGAAUACGAUUGUUGAAAAAGAUUUUUACACACAGUAUGAUAAUCCAUGGUCUGCUAAGCUUUAUUAUUCUUUUCAAGACCAGAAUCACUUAUAUCUAAUAAUGGAAUUCCUUCCAGGAGGAGAUUUAAUGAAUUUAUUGAUUCAUAGAAAUAUUUUAACAGAAACAGAGACAAAAUUUUUGAUUGCUGAAGCAGCUCUUGCAAUACAUCAUGUUCAUUUGCAAGGAUUCAUUCACAGAGACAUUAAACCAGAUAAUUUGUUGUUAACUAAAGAUGGGCAUGUUAGAUUGAUCGAUUUCGGAUUAAGUACUAAGAUAAAUAGAUUUGGCGAUCCAAUGGUCAAAGUGAUUGACUUAAUUACCGAUGCUUUCCAUGAAUGUGCUGGAAUCAAUGUUGAACAUCAUAAACAUCAAAAAUAUAAUAGAUUUGUAUGUUCGGCUGUUGGCACAACAGACUAUAUAGCUCCAGAAGUUUUAAUGAAAAAAUCUUAUGGACCAAAUGCUGAUUUUUGGUCCCUUGGAGCUAUAAUGUUUGAAAUGUUGUAUGGAUAUGCCCCAUUCAUGUCAUCAAAUCCUCAACUUACUGCUAACAAAAUUAUUCAUUUCGAAGAAUCUUUGAUUUUCCCACCAACUCCUGUUGUUUCAAAGGAAGCCAUAGCUUUAAUGCGUGGUUUAUUAACAGAUUCUGAGAAUCGCAUGACUUUUGAAGAGAUUAAACAGCAUCCUUUCUUUCCUGGAAUUGAUUGGGAUGAUUUACAUGACUCUGACUCUCCAUGUGUUCCAGAAUUAUCAGGUGAAUUAGAUACAUCUCACUUUGAAUCCAUUGAUCCAAUUCCUGAAGAAAAUGAUUUUAAUUCUUUGUCAGAGAAUGACAAAGAAUUUGAAGACUUAGCAUUUAUUGCUUUCUUUGGUUUUGACUAUAACAAGAAAGUCAUAGAUUCUAUCAAUCCUACUCAUAAUCUGCAAGAAAUAUAA